AAACAAUAUGGUAAAUUAAGAAACGAGGAAGUAUCCUAACAAAUUGAUUAUAAAAAUAAUAUCUUAACAUUCCUUAGUCAUUAUAUAUAUAUUUUCAAUGACAUAAUAACUAGCAAAUAGUAAUGAUGAUGAUAGAAUAAGAUUAACUAUUUUGAUUAUGAUCUUAUACCACAGUUUAAGGGUUUGUUUCUACCUACUGAUUUGUAAAGCAAAGAAUGUCUAUUAAAUCUUAACUCUCCCUAUCGAUAGAUAUGAAUUUAUAAAUUUGGAACACAAUUAGUUUUAUAUUCCUUGACAAACAUUUUCUUUUUAUGCAUGUCAGUGAUUAUCUAAAUGAAAAAGGAUUUAUUGUGGAAAUUUAUUUUACUUUUCUGUUUAAAAAUGAAUUAUUCCAUGUUUCAAGAUCAUAUUAUCAUAUGGGAUAUCAAUAAUAAAUUAUUUUCUUCAAACGUAACAAUGUUCAGAGUAAAAGAAGGUGACAAUAUAGUUUUCGUAUGUCCUAGUGAUGUGAGAAGAAGUCAAAAAUUAUUUUGGACAAUGAGCAAAGAAACGUACGAUGAAUGUGGCGCACCCAGCUCGUCUCAAACUGUGAAGCUGUUAGAUUGCAGUCAAAGCCCCAAAAAUACAGAGUUCAUUUUAAAAGUAGCACAGUUUUCAGAAAUUCCUUAUUCUCCACAUUUUCGAGAAAACGAUUUUGUUUACUUUUUAGGUCAGCAUGAUUUAUGCUCGAUUUACAAUCUCCGUGUUGCUGUUAAACUAGUCCCAGAUAAAAGUGUAAAUAAUAAUGAAGAGUUAUCAACUUCAACACAGAAAAUAAACAAUUUAGUUGACGACAAAGAUAAGUCUCCUAAUACUGUAACCUCAGAUACGUAUAAAUUAAAUCCACACAGAACUGAAACAUUAUCAGCAUGGACGCGUUAUAGAUUUCUUCUCAUUCCAGGCUCACUUGGAUUUCUCACAUUAAUUGGAAUACAGGCUGUGAUUUGUGCUUUAUGGCAUCCAAAGAAAUCAUCUCUAUGUAGAAUAUGUUGUUCAUCACAUAUAGUAAAUAAAUCAAAUGAUGGAACUAAUGAUACAAAUGAAAUGUCUACAACACCUAUACAAAUGUUAGAAAAAUCAUUUACAAGAAAACCAUUUGAAAAUCAUCAAUGUCAAUCUAUUCAAACAAAUACAUUAAUAACUCAAUCAACUUUAAGUGAUCAAUAUAAUAAAGGAGAUUUUAUCAAUAAUUCUAAACGUAAUUCCGAUAUUGUUAACAUUCUACAUGAUACAUAUACAUUAGAUAAAGGUAUUCUAGAAAAGUCACCAUCUACUAUACAAGUCAUUACAGAUAAUGAAGUAUCCAUUCUAACUAUACCAACAACACAAACAUCAUUAUCAAAUAAUAAUAAUAAUAAUAAUGUACAGUUUUAUACAUGUCCAUAUCCUAUUGAUGGUAAUUUAACAUGUUUAGUUCCAGUGAAAGUAAAUAAAUCAACGGACAUCUUUUCUACUGAUAUAGUCAAUUUAGGAAGUGUUAUUAAUAUAUCUGUGUAAUUUAUUGUUUGGUUUUGUGUUUUCAUUAUUUUUGUUACUUUUUAUGAAGAAAAAAAUAUUGAAAAAAUAAACAUUCAUGUUCACUUUUGUUCAUGUUUCAAUAUGAAUAAGCUACUACUUUUAUCUUUUAUUAAAAUGAUUAAUAAGAUAAUUUAUAUAAAGUGAUAAUUGUG